UCUUUUGAAAAGCCGGAGGCUGCCGCCUUGUGAAAUGCAAGAGCCUCUGGUGGUGGACUGUCUCCCGAGUUGAGGAUGGCUGCUGUAGAAAUGUGGCUGCGAAACUCUGCUCAUCUGGACAGCCUGCAGCACCGGGUGUUAGCCACAGUUCGGUCAGGGAAAUAAGUGAGACUCGCUGUCAAUGUUGUGAAGACACAACUCCUUCGGGAAGGAAGAUCUCAAAUGACCUGAACAAGAACGAAAAAGGAAAACGAAGUUUUGGCAUGCCUACAGGACUGUUGAUUUGUUUUUCCUUUAAAGAAACUACCUAGGAGGCAGAAACUAAGGGUUGGUUUGCCCAUGCCUCCUACCUGGGAGUGGAAGGUGGGAAGAAAUGGACAGACAGACACUCUGAUGAGACAGCCAGGCACAGUGCAGCGUGGUGAAGCCCCACGCUGACGGCAGCCGGCUCUCCUCUUCAUGCAGUGCUGUGGGCUGGUGCAUCGGAGGCAAGUCCGGGUGUCCUAUGGUUCGGCAGACUCCUACACCAGUCGUCCAUCCGAUUCCGAUGUCUCUUUGGAGGAAGACCGGGAGGCCGUGCGGAGAGAGGCAGAGCGGCAGGCCCAGGCCCAGUUGGAAAAAGCAAAGACAAAGCCUGUUGCGUUUGCAGUUCGAACAAAUGUCAGCUACAGUGCAGCCCACGAAGAUGAUGUCCCAGUGCCAGGCAUGGCCAUCUCAUUCGAAGCAAAGGAUUUUCUGCAUGUUAAGGAAAAAUUCAACAAUGACUGGUGGAUAGGGAGACUGGUGAAAGAAGGCUGUGAAAUUGGGUUCAUUCCAAGCCCAGUCAAACUCGAAAACAUGAGGCUACAACAUGAACAGAGAGCCAAGCAAGGGAAAUUUUACUCCAGUAAAUCAGGAGGAAACUCAUUAUCCAGUCUGGGAGACAUAGUACCUAGUUCCAGAAAAUCUACACCUCCGUCAUCUGCUAUAGACAUAGAUGCUACUGGCUUAGAUGCAGAAGAAAAUGAUAUUCCAGCAAACCACCGCUCCCCUAAGCCCAGUGCAAACAGUGUAACGUCACCCCACUCCAAAGAGAAAAGAAUGCCUUUCUUUAAGAAGACAGAGCACAUGCCUCCGUAUGAUGUGGUGCCUUCCAUGCGACCUGUGGUUCUCGUGGGUCCUUCUCUGAAGGGAUAUGAGGUCACGGAUAUGAUGCAAAAAGCAUUGUUUGAUUUUUUAAAACACAGAUUUGAAGGGCGGAUAUCUAUCACCAGGGUCACCGCUGACAUCUCACUUGCCAAACGCUCAGUAUUAAACAAUCCAAGUAAGCACGCAAUCAUAGAACGGUCCAACACAAGGUCAAGCUUAGCCGAAGUUCAGAGUGAAAUCGAAAGGAUUUUUGAACUUGCAAGAACAUUACAAUUGGUCGUCCUUGAUGCGGACACUAUUAACCAUCCAGCUCAACUUAGUAAAACCUCCUUGGCCCCUAUUAUAGUCUAUGUGAAGAUUUCUUCUCCUAAGGUCUUACAAAGGUUAAUAAAAUCUCGAGGGAAAUCUCAAGCAAAGCACCUCAAUGUCCAGAUGGUGGCAGCGGAUAAACUGGCUCAGUGUCCUCCAGAAUUGUUUGAUGUCAUCUUGGACGAGAACCAGCUUGAAGAUGCCUGCGAACACCUUGCCGACUAUCUGGAGGCCUACUGGAAAGCCACCCACCCUCCCAGCUGCAGCCUCCCCAACCCUCUCCUGAGCCGGACGUUAGCCACCUCCGCUCUGCCCGUCAGCCCUACCCUAGCCUCUAACUCACAGGGUUCUCAAGGUGAACGGAGGUCUGCGCCUGCCCGUUCCGCUUCCCAAGCUGAAGAAGAACCCUGCCUGGAGCCAGUCAAGAGAUCGCAGCACCGCUCUUCCUCGCUGGCCCAACACCACAAUCAUCGCAGUGGGACCAGUCGAGGGCUCUCCAGGCAAGAGACGUUUGACUCGGAAACCCAGGAGAGUCGGGACUCCGCCUACGUGGAGCCGAAGGAAGAUUAUCCCCACGAGCAUGCAGACCACUAUGCCCCACACCGGGAGCAUAACCAUCGGGACGAGGCUCACGGGAGCAGUGACCACAGACACCGGGAGUACCGGCACCGGGCCAGGGACCCGGAUCGCGAGCAGGACCACCACGAGGGCAACAAACAGAGGAGCCGCCACAAAUCAAAGGAUCGAGACUGUGACAGGGACGGAGAGGUCAUAUCCAAAAAGAGGAACGAGGCUGGGGAGUGGAGCAGGGAGGUUUACAUCCGCCAGUGACUUUCACCCUCCUGUGUGGUUUGGUUUUGUUGGGAAGGCUUGUAUAACAGCACCCGUCACACACUCUCCACCCCGGAAACAAAAUCUUUGGGGGCCCACAUUGCAAUCACAUGUGAUCUGUAUUGGAUGUUUUGUGUUGCUGUUGCUUAAAGAGCAAUAGCAUGGAAUAGAGUAUUAAUAUGCUCCCCCCACCCCACCCCCUUCUUUUGAAAGUGCUCUGUAGAUUAGCCUGGCACAACUGCAGGCUGGCCUCCUGAACAAAAUCGGUUGCCAUCCGGGGUGGCGCGGUGGUGGUGUGUUCCGAAGGGUAGCUGAUGUGCCCAGCAAGCCCGAAUCCGCACAGAUCCUAAGUGGAAUUCAUUUCUCCGGAAUUUAAAUAUGUCGGCCCCUGAUUUGCAUACCCAUGCAUUCAUGGACCACUGUUUCCAGCUUGUACCUCUGGCUGACUAAAUUUGGGGACAGAUUCAGUCUUGCCUUACACAAAGGGGAUCAUAAAGUUAGAAUCUAUUUUCUAUGUACUAGUACUGUGUACUGUAUAGACAGUUUGUAAAUGUUAUUUCUGCAAACACCUUUAUUAUAAUUAUAUAUAAUAUAUUAUAUAUAUAUAUAUCAGUUUGAUCACACGAUUUUAGAGUCUUAAUGCCAAGUCAACAGAUUUGCUUUAUGAAUUACCAGGACUAGAAAUGUCCACAUUCAGGAAAUUUGUAAUACCAUUGUGUAGGCACUUUGUCUCAUUGUAGUAGGAAGUCUGUACAUAUUGUAAAUAUGUGUGAUUGCUUGACUUGAAAAGGUUUGAUUUCUGAAUGUUCUGCCAUCCUUGUGAAUUCAUCAUUAUGACCAUAAAUGAUGGUAAAUAUAACCAACUCCAGACAUUGUUCUAAUCCAUAGAGUUCACACUGAUUGUGAGAAACACAUUCUGAGGAGCAAGGGUCUGCUGUAGCUGCGGCACUGGAGUUUCGGAGCCAGCAUUCUCGGCCUGCACACACGCACACAUGUGUCUGUCUGGAUGAGAGCUGAGAAUCUGGAUGCUGAGAACAAGAGGAGACUGGUGCUUCCGGUCUGUCCCGCUGGCUUUUUGUUUAAUUGUACUACAUGUGGCUUUAAUGAUCCAUGGAGCAGUCAGGGACGGUGAGCAGGUUUGCUGCCAAAGGUCACUAGGAAAGCAUUCAUCUGCUGGCUCUUGUUUUCGCUCUCGAGAGUGAAAAUACAGGCAACUUUACUGUGAGUGUUUCACUGGAAAUGUACAAUCUCUGUUUGUUAGAGUAUCUGUUUUAGUAAGAAAAGUUUACAUAGCUUGUGGAAUUUAUUUCGUGGGAAAAUAAAUUUUUAUAACUUCUCCCACUUUAUUUUCAAA